AUGCUCCUGCUAAAGCAUUUCUCGGAGUGGCGGCGUCAGACGUUACCCCCAGUAAGCACCAGAACAAUGAUAAAACAUUAUAUUCCACUUUGUGGCGCAGUCAGUCAUUCGCUUUAUACUGUACAUAUAUUUUCUCCCUCUCUUUUACGCAGGUUUUUUCCAACCUGCGAUACUGCAGUAGAGCAUACACUUUUGUCGACCGCUAAUAUUGGUCUUGGUUGUUAUUUAUUUUUUCGACCACACUUGAAUCGGCUCAGAAUAUGGGAUCGUGUUCAAUGUAGUGUUCUCACAGCCGUUCUAUUCAAUUUUGGUUCGCUUUUGGCAGCAGUGUUUCUCAAGGCUUUGUUACCCACCAAGUCCAGUAAUACAAUAAAGUCGUUGUUGGCUUUCGGUCUCAGUUGGUUACUACUCUCUCGAGGACACAGAUAUCUUGCACUAAUUGACUCAAGAGUGAAGCGAAAGAAUCGUGUUCAACAAAAAAAACUUCCUAAGCCACUGGAGGUUUUAGCAGCCAUCUAA